UUUCAAGAGUGCCAAUCACCCUGUUUAAAUAUCAUAGAUGAGGCAAAUAGGCAGUUUCCAAAAAGAAUUUAAAAACUCAAUUAUGAAGGCAUUCGUAAGUUAUUUGCUAGGACAAAUCUAAUUUGUGUUUUCAAUACAUUAGACAAAGAAAGCUUCAUUGCACAAUUGAUGAAUGCUGUCGAGACACUUUAUUGUGGAAACUCAAUGGGAACGAAGAAACAGUAAGAGAGGGUUCGGUCGGUGAUGUUUCUGAGUUGCACUGGCGGCUGAUACUGUGUGCACGUUUGGAACGGCGCAACCAUCCUGUCUGAAAUUACUUCAAAGGAAUCUUUGGUGCUAUGGCAGAAGCAAACUUUUGUGCACCAAAAAGAAAGAGAAGAGUGUAUGAAUCUUACGAAGCUCCUUAUCCUGUGCCGUUAACACAAGAAGAAUCAAAUGCACAUGAACAAGAACAUUAUUACGCAGAAAUUAUGAAUAACAAUGUAAUUGUGAGGAACCCAGACAAUAUGCAAGCCCUGUAUGGAAAGGGUUAUUUUGGAAAAGGGGUGUUGUCGAGAAGCCGACCAGAUUACAAUAUUUCAGACCCCGCUUUAGCUGCCAAAUGGAAAGAUGCCAAUCUUCUGCAUAUGCCCAUAAUUUCAUCAACAAAGUUUCAGCACCAUGUAGAGUGGGCGAAAAGUCUCCUGCAAGAACAAGGCCUAGAAGAUGCUUUCAUUGAGAAAAUUUUGGAAGAUUAUACAAAACCAAUAGAAUUAUCAUGUGAUAGAAGAAGCAGUGAAUCUGGUGAUCAUUCACCAGAAAUAAAUAUCAACUCCCAAGUCUACACAGCUAAAGAAGAAUCUGGUGAAGGAGCUGAAAAUAUGCAUAAUGGAGAAAAUCAUUCUGUCAAAAGCACUCAAAAUAUGGCACAUUGUUUGGAAGGUGAUGCACUUUACAAUCCUUUAGCAAGACCUGCAGACUGUGAAACAACUGAGAGGGAAGCUGGAACAGAAGUACACUGUCCCAGACAUAAUGAUCUCAUUAUUCACUGUGGCUGCCAGUAUCCAGAUGAUAUGAAUGAAGUUCUGCAGUACAAUUCAAUUAAAGAUAACAAAAUGUCCGUAGAACAUGAAUAUGUUCUAGUGGUGGAAAACAUACUACCAUUUAAUGAUAAAGAAUUGAGUAAAAAACCUGAAGUAACAGAGAGAUUAGUCUGCAAGAGGAACCCAUUCAAAGUUUUUGAAUAUCUUCAACUCAGCUUGGAAGAGGCCUUUUUCCUUGUCUAUGCUUUAGGAUGUUUAACCAUUUAUCAUAAUGAGGAACCUCUGACUAUUCUCAAAUUAUGGGAAAUAUUUAGUCUGAUUCAACCUGGGUUUAAAACUAAUUACAUGGGUUAUCACUACUUCCGAAGUAAAGGCUGGGUGCCAAAAACUGGACUGAAGUAUGGAACAGAUCUUUUUGACCAUAAUGGAAUCACAACAAUAUUUGUUAUUGCCUUUAAUGUCUGGAACCUGGAUGAAUAUUGAUGAAAUCUUGCUGCAUUCUUGAUCAACAAUUCUGUAUUGACAAAUUAACAAAAUUCCUAUCAACUGAAGCAGCAGAGUCUGUCUUGUCUUUACACAAGUACUGACAAUUUUGGGGUAAAUGCUGUGUUUUCUAUUUUCAUUUGAUAUUUCUAACAUUUUCAAUGAUUUGUAUCUUCUCAUCGUGUCCUAUUUUGCUGUGAAUUAUGUCUCAAUCCAUUCUAUUGCUGUUAUGAUAAGUUAACCAUAUUUUCAGUAAAAUAUUCAAUAAUGGAAGCUGGAAAACAUCAUGAUACUCAUGGAAGACUAUUUAAGUAAUGAAUAAGAGGAAGUUUUGUAAUUUACUACUUUUCUUAUGUUCUGAAACAUCAAAGUUUUUACAUGUGACUCUGUAAUGACCAGAAGAUUUCUUAAUUUUUAUUUUGUCUCGAUGAACAUUUUCUGAGGCUUAAUGCAGCUCUGUAUCAGAAGGUUGUGUUCAAGUCCUACUGCAGACUACUGAACAGUGUUGCUGUGAUGGAGGUGCUGUCUUUCUGAUAUUAAACUGAGGCUCCAGCUACCUUCUCAAGUGGUCAUAAAAGAUUCUGUAGGACUAUUUCAAAGGGUAGAGUUAUUCUCCCUGGUGUUCUGGAGUAUAUUAGUUCAUUAACCUGAUUAUGUGUUAAUUAUCACAUUACCCAUUGUGGGAGCUUGCUGUGCCCAAUCUGGCUGCUGAGUUGCCUCAGAAGUCAGUCAAACUGAAUAGUUUUGAAGUAUUUACUGAUGCCCUGGUGGACUUGAGGUGGUAUAUAGUUGCAAAUCUUUUUCUCUGUCUCACUGAUCAUUCAAUAACCUACUAUCUGCGAAUAUAGAUAAACUGCUCCCAGCCACCUAGACCUACGGAUGCAGCCUCUUUCUAUUGUAUUUUUGUAUUCGGCAUAAUUUUCUAGCAGUUAUUGAGACGAAUUAAGUACUCUGUGCCCAUGCUCUCUGCUCUGCGUUGUUUCCUAAUUUACUGCAUUUGGAAUUAAACCAACACGGAGCUGAUUGAAAUAGAGAACCUACUGAAGGGACUUGGAAGGCCCAAAGCUGCCUCCCACCUUUAUUUCGACAGCACAUUGUAUCUAUCACAAUGGCUGUCGUUACUAUUGUAAUCCAAUAUUCCUUUAGGAAUAGCAUUCUGUAUUAGAAAAGUUGUGAGGCAUGAUAAUUUACGGCUAAAUUGAAAACUAACUAAGGAAUCAGGUUACCUUUUAUUUGCACCAUUCAUUAAAAGAGUCAUUUGAUUACCUGGCACAUUAUACACAACCGUGAGAUUUAUUGCAGAAGGAUUCUGUUAAAUUAUUGAUGCCAAGCCCGAGACAUUUUCUGUCACUUAUUAUCCAUCUCAGUUUGUUGGCUGUCAUGCUUCAGGCAUUAAUGAUCUCAGAUCUCCCUUUCUGUUUAACAUUUAUCCUUUUUUUACAGGAGAUAAUAGUUUCAGGUGAACAAGUCCACUGCCAUUUUAGGAUCAGUUAGUGAUAUGUCUCCUAGUUCCCAUAAGUCAGAAAUGAUCACACUUCAGGUUCAAAAUACUGGAGCUUCAUUGUGUAUUGCUCUCAACUCCAUGGCUGAUGGAUUGACAGGCUGAUGCAGUGUGACAGUAAAUGUGGUCCAUAGGGUAUCUAUUUGCAUAACAAUUAGUUCCUUGGUCUCGCACAUCUUUCUCUCUAUUUGGUAUAUGUUCUUUUGCUGUUUCACUCCGCUGGCCUUGUUGCUUUUCUCAUAACAAAAUUUAGCUGUUUGGAUAGCCGGUGUUAUUAUCUGUAAACUUGCGGUCGUGUGCUUUGGUAUUGUGUACAGCCUGUCAUUUACAUGUAUUUUUCAUCCAAAUCUGUCUUUUACCACCAUUAGCACUCUCUUUGGUUUUUGGUCUGGGCACCCUCACCAUCGGUUCUAUCUGCUCCUCUCCCCUGAGUCAGUAGCGUUAACACACCAUUUUCCAGUCCCUUUCAGUUCUGAAGAAGAAUCAUUGGACUCAACCAAACUCUGUUAAUUCUGUUUCUUUUCACUGUAGAUACUGCCAGAUCCGCUGUAUUUUUCUGAGCAUUUUCUGUAUUUAUUAACAAUAUAACAGUUUAGUUUAGUUUCCUAUGAAAUUAGGAUUACUUUGGAAGGUUACAUCUUGUAUGUUUAUUUAGUUGGCAUUUUAGCCCUUUUUCAUACAUACAACCAAUAUCUGUUAUUGUGAACAAAUUGCCUCUGGAAAGUUAUCCAUACAGAAUACAGACAUUUUUUUAAAAAGUAACAUGUUACUUCAGGUUUUUUUUAAAAAAUAUAUGAAAUUUAGAAGGAGCCAUAAACUAUCCUUCCUUGGUAAUAAUUCACUGACAUAGCUCAGCACUUUCCCAAGUCAGGUAAGAUCAGUGUGUUUUAUGGAGAAGUUCAGAUAACACUAGAUGAGGGCAAUAUCCUUGUCACAUAAUAAUAAUCCGUAUUUCUUAGGCUGGUCCAACUAAACAAAGUUAGAAUGUAGCACUUCCAUGUACCAGAUUUCAAAAUGAUCCUGAUUUUUCUUUGUA